CAAAUAAUGUCACAUCACGUACCACAUACAUGUUAACACAAGAAUGAGUGUCAAUGUCCUUGAACACACUUGAGACAAUUAGAGGUGUUAUUCUGUGAAACCCAUGAAAAGGCCAUUUUCUCAUGCAGUGUUUGUCUGCCUUUUAAACACCACAAAGCCACACAGAUCCUGUCUCCUUAAGGGACUUGCAUUUAUAUGAUCAAUAAGAUAAUUAUAUAUGGCAGUUUUUGUUUUGUGUGGCUAAAAAUAGUGGAAUAAGAAAAAAGAAAAAAAAAAAGAUUCAGUGCUUCUGCCUUUAAAAAUUCUGUACAGUGCUGUCCAUCGGUAAAGGUGCAGCAAAGUACAGAAGGUGAUUUCCAGAUGGGGCCUGUUUGUUCACUUAAGUAAUAAAACACAUUUUAUGUAUUCAUACAAUAAGCUGGUUUUACUUUAACAUGCAUCCUGCAUGAGGUGGUAAAAGUCGUCGGUAGGUGUGCUAGUAAGGUAUUCACUGAAAGCAAAGGUAUUAUUCGACAUGUCUAGGGGAUCUGGACUGGAUCUUUUCACUUCUGCACAUUGAUGCGCGUUCGACGUGGGAGUUUGUGGUGUGAAGUACCUUCUCGCGCUGUCCUUCGGGGUUCUCCUGCCCACAUGCACCCUGAACCCCAUGGUGGCCCUCCCGGAACCCCUGUGGAGCCGCUCCUCCAACGCACAGCUCUGCUAAGACGCCGUGGUUCGGGUAGCGGCUCAGGUAGCGCCGACGCAGACUAUCAUACAUGUUUUAUGUCUUUUGUUCUGCGUCCGCCACCUGCAGCUCUCUACAACGUUCGCACGAGAGCGCGCUUCGCUCACCCUCCCACCCCUUUCCCGUCAUCACCUCACCCGCGCAGUCCACGGGCGCGCGAACCGGAACCCGCGAAUAGGGGAAGCGGCGCUGAGCGGCGAGCGCUCUAUCAUCCGGCCCCUGAGCUCUCGUGCACGGUCUCUGAUCGGCAGGAAACGCCGAGGCCGGGCCGCAGCUCCGCGGAGUGAAGGCCAGCUUUGUUUGUUCGCCCGCGGAGUUUAUUCUCUAGCUCCAGCUUCUUGUUUCAUCUUCCUUGGCGUACCAAUUAUUGAAAAUUGUCAGUUUUUGUUGAUAAGCAUGUAAAAACAAAAAAAGACGUUUUAGUAGAGUUUCUUUUUUUUUGUCUAGCGACCUUGUAACAAGGCUUGUUAGCAUCGACUCUGGGACGCUUGGAGCGCGUUUUUUUUCCCCCGGUUUUAGGAAGAAUCAAACAAACGAAACCACGCGACCGAGACGAGCUCAUAACCGCGUCAGUUUUUUAUAAAGGUGCACUUUGGCGUUGCGGUGUGGGCACGGCGCCCCGCGUGCGGCAUUUUACGGAGAUGUUUCGCUGUUUUUGAACGUCUGCUUUUGGCGCAUCGGCACCUUCGGCUCACAUUUAAGAGCCCCCCUCGGAGACAGGCGAGGACUGCCAUGAACAACUCCGUGGAUAACACGGUCUCAUUUGAGGAGUAUGUGCGGCAGAAGGCACGCACUGUGCCGCAGCACCGCAUGAAGGAGUUCCUGGAAUCGUUGGCCAGCAAAGGCCCUGAGGCACUUCAGGAGUUCCAGCAGGGUGGCACCACCAUGGUCUACCAGCAAGGGGCCAACUGUGUUUACACAGAUAGCACCGAGGUGGCGGGCUCCUUGCUAGAGCUGGCCUGCCCUGUGCAGGUACAGGUGCAGCAGUCACCACAGCAGCAGCCGCAACAGCAGCAGCAACAACAGGCACAGCCACAGCAGGUGACUUCGGCACAGCUUUCCCCACAGUUGGCCGCUGCAGUACACCAGGCAUCAGAGCAACAGAUACAGGUCCAGGUGCAAAUCCAGGGUCAACAGCAGGCCCAGGUAGUAGGGCAGGUACUGCAAGUGCCCAGUCCCACCCAGCAGCAGCUGUCUGGCACCCAGUUGCAGACGGUGACCGCAGCCCAGCUGGUGCAGCAUGGGGAGAUUUCAGAGGAACAGCUGCAGCAGCACCAGCAGAUCCAAGCCCAGCUGGUGACCGUAGCUGGUGGACAGCAGAUCCAGAUCCAGACUGUAGGGGCACUCUCACCCCAGCAGCAGCAGGGCUCCCCAAGGGAGGGGGAGCGCAGGUCAAGUGCCACAGGUGGGGUCCUGCAACCUGCCAAGAAGCGUAAGGUGGAUAUGCCCAUCACAGUAUCGUAUGCCCUGCCCGGGCAACAGCUGGCCACUGUGCUAGCCAUCCCGCAGGGCCAGGGUCAGCAGCAGAGCUACCUGUCUCUGAGGCCAGACCUGCUGACAGUGGAUAGCACACACUUGUACAGUGCCACAGGCACCAUCACCAGCCCCACGGGCGAGACCUGGACCAUCCCGGUGUACUCGGCGCAGACACGCGGCGACCUGCAGCAACAGAGCAUCACGCAUAUUGCCAUCCCACAGGAGGCUUACGGCACCGUGCACGUGGCUGGCUCACCUGCCGAUGACAAGGACAAGAUGGUGGUGGCCGGCAAGCUUGCUGUGAGCCCCGCUCCUGUUGCCACAGCUGCUACUGUGACAGCGCCUGCCCCUUCAACAACAGCAGCCACAGGUGCACAGGAGGAGGUAGUGCAGACGCUGGCCAACACACUGUUCCCUGCGCAGUUCAUGAAUGGGAACAUUCACAUCCCCGUGGCAGUGCAAACAGUGGCAGGGGCAUACCCUGGAGCCACUCAGUCCGUCCACAUCUGGGAUCCCCAACAGCAGCAGGUGGUCCACACGCAAGGAGGAACCGGACAGGAGCAGCAGCAGCUACAGGGUCAGACGGUGCAGGUGGCCGAGGUGGAGAGCCAGCCACAGGCUCCACCUACCCUGCUGCUUCCAAGCACUCUCAAGCCAGAGGAGGGCUUGGAUGUGUGGCGGCUGUGGGCACAGGCCAAGAAUGCAGAGCUGGAGAAGGAUGCACAUACCAAGCUGGCACCCAUUGGCCGACGACAGCCUCUGCGGUUCCAGGAAGACCUGGUGUCAUGUGCUGUGGCAGAGCUGAACAUCGGUCUGUCUCUGAUGACCCAGGAGGCCCGAGGGUUGGAAGGCGAGCCCUUUGAACCAGAUGUGCUCUACUACAUCUUCCUCUGCAUACAGAAGUACCUAUUUGAGAAUGGCAGAGUAGAUGAUAUUUUCUCAGACCCAUAUUACCUGCGCUUCUCCCAGUGGCUACACCGCAUUCUGGAUGGUUGGAAACCUAGUGUGCACCCACUGGGUUACAUCAUUCCCAGUCAUGUGACUGAGGAGAUGCUUUGGGAGUGCAAACAGCUGGGAGCGCAUUCCCCCUCAACAUUGCUCACCACACUAAUGUUUUUCAACACCAAGUAUUUCCAGCUGAAGACAGUGGAGCAGCACAUGAAGGUGGCUUUCUCCAAAGUGCUUCGACACACAAAGAAGAACCCUUGCAAUCCCAAGGACAAAAGCACCAGUAUUCGCUACCUAAAGGGAGUGGGACUGCACCAUGUUGGUCAGAAGGUGACAGAUGACAUGUACGCAGAGCAGGCAGAGCACCCAGAGAACCCACUGCGUUGCCCCAUCAAGCUAUAUGACUUCUACCUCUUCAAGUGUCCCCAGAGCGUAAAGGGCCGCAAUGACACCUUUUACCUGACGCCUGAACCUGUAGUGGCCCCAAACAGUCCCAUCUGGUACUCUACUCAGCCAAUCACACGGGAGCAGAUGGAGCACAUGUUGGCUCGUAUACUCAUGGUGCGAGAGAUCCAGGACGCCGUUGCCAUGGCCUCUGGAAACUAGAGGAGGGUAAAGCAACCCCAGCUGGAGCAGGGGGGCUGACGUGGACCGUGCCCUUCAUCUCUUGCUUUUCACUUUCUGUGCCCCAACCCCUUCUUGCUCUUCUUGUCCUUUACAUGAGGAAUAAAGGACUGACCCCUUACUCCACGCCAAAUGCAGUUCUGUUUUACAAAGGCAAAAGGAAAACUACAGAACCGUUUCUGUCUCAUACAUUUUUUUUUUUCCAUUUUUUUUAAUGCAUAUAAAACCGUAUUUUUGAUUAGCUUCACAAAACAGCCUUUCCUUUUUGUAUAUCCAGCACAUCUGUACCCAUUGGAAUGAAUGAAGGGACAUUUGCCUGGAAUUUUCUUUUUAUUUUUCUGAUUUUAAAUUUCCAUUCAGACUUUGUUGGUAAAAAUUUUGUAAAUGAAAUACUGUUGGCCAAACUUUUACUCACUACAUUUGAGGAGGUACUCCUACCCCCCCCCCCCCCCC